AUGACCUCGCCAAUUCAGCUGAAGAGCAACAAUACACCACAGAAAAAGGUAAAAGGCGCCCCGGACUAUGAUGACGCGUCAUACUGGGAUACCAAAUUCGUGACCGGCCAGGAUGUGGGCGAGUGGCUCAACAAGGGAGAUGUGCUUCUGGAUGCUGCCUUGACUGAGCUUGAACGACGAUACCCUUCGAGUCAUACUACUGGUAAUGAUACACCUGGAAAUGAAGGAUAUAUUUCCGGCCCCCGUGCAUUGCAUUUAGGUCCUGGGAUUUCAGCGCUGGGGAUCCGAAUAGGCCGCGAGAAUGAGCAUGGAAAAGCUAGUCCGGAUCAUAUAAUGCAUUGGAUCCAAGCUGAUCUGUGCUCAUGGGAACAAGUCUCCCAAUCGAUUCUGCCAUUUGCUCCCUUUGAUGUGAUCAUCGACAAAAGUACCAGCGAUGCCAUUGCCACUUCUGUGCCGCGAACAUUUCAUCGUCCUUCGGCCUCUUCUAAUGAUAAUGGUGAUACCUGCAAUGCCAGCGAGGGAAAUAGGAGUGCCUCACAUGAAACCGAUUCCGCCAUCUGCCCCUAUUUACGAGACCCCCUAUCGCUGAAUCUAAAUGGAGAUAAUAGCAAGGGUUGUGUAACUUUGUCCCCCGUUGAGAUGUUGUCAAUACAUUUGGUGUCCCUCGCCAAAAAGGACGCAAUUUGGUUGGUGCUUUCGUACUCGAGUGUGCGGUUUGAUGGGUUGCCAUAUCUGAGGAAAUAUUGGGAAGUUGCUUCACGCACCCCUCUCAAAGCCCCAGCCGGUCAGGCCUCAUCUGCUACUGCUAUGGUUCCGGAUGUUUUCCAUUGGGUCUAUGUUCUGCGAAAGAAAUGA